GGAUUCCAAAGAUUGAGUUAGGCGAAAAGAAAAAUCGGAAAAUAGGCGCAUUUCGCAAAAAAAAGAAAAAAAUGGCACAAUUUGACCUCCAAACCGGUACCUUAUAGCGGUCGACCCGGCGGGUGCGUGCGGCCCGUUUUUCUCACCGGGUCAGGGUCAAAGCGGGUCGACCCGCUGGUUGACAACCUUGAUGGUUAAUAUGUAAUUUGCUUGAAUUUCUAGAAUGAUGUUUUAUAUAUGGGUAAUUUGUAUUGAGAGAUUGAUAUUUGACUUUUAUUUUCAUAGGAACUUGUAAUUGUAAAUUUUUUACGACAAAAACCCAUGGGUACCCAUGAACCCGCGAAUACCUAGCGGGUUGGGCUGGGUUUGAGUUUUCCAAAUCCACUGGGUUUUAUCCCGGGUUUUUUAUGGAUAAACCCAUGGGUUUGAGUUUAGCAAAACCCGACCCGACCCAUUCCAUCCCUAAUUGCAGUCUUGGGCUACUACUAUCCGGGGGGAGAGAGGGAGCGGUUCGUGUCUUACGAUUUGGUUCUCACCUGUUUGUCUUCCAAUUUCUGUCUGCUACUACUAGUAAAUGGUUGUUCAACUCUGGACCCUGGCAUUUCCAAUGGAGUCAGCUGUACCUCGAGAAGUGGACUCCAAGUAUCUAGUCGGUAGUUCUCAGGUAGAAUCUCUUCUGAUUUGGGUCAAUAUCGGGGGUAUCUCGCUGGAAUACCGCUCACUAGAUGGCCUAGAAUGGGUGUCAAGCACGAUUGGUCCUCCUUUAUGGAUCGAUAAGACUACUAGGGUGGGUGGCCAGCUGGGUUUUGAUAAGAUCUAUAUUGACCUCACAACUGAGUCAGAGUGUGGGUUCCCAUCAAAGGUUGGACUCUAUCCUGAUGAUGAUUCGUGCUUUGAUGUUGAGGUCGAGUAUCUAAAUCUGCCUAGGGUUUGUCUUGAAUGUUCUGUCUAUGGGCAUGAAUGCACUUACUUAGCUAAAGCUAACAAGAAAUGGAUUGUAAAGGAGGUUACGGCUAGCAACUCCGUUACAGGUAUCACUGAUCAGGCUGUGGUAGAAGAAGUGGACGCUAGCACUGUCCCAAUUAAUCAGGUUGUGAGCUUUGGUCUUAGGACUAUUCUUUAGGUUAAGGAUAAGCAAAUGAUUUCCAUGACUGUUGGGAAAAUAAAAUAUAUAAAUGAUGCUUAGGUUGCAAGCUCUUUGGUACAUCAGCAGAUCCUGCUCUAGUGCAAACUCUUACUCCUCACCCAAAUGUGAGUGCAACUGUUAGUUUUGCGAAUGUCGUGCAGAGAUCAUCAUAUCAGACUAGUAGUCCUAGCUCGCCUCCUCAAAUGUCUGUUGAUGGGGGAUCACCAGGCAAUGGGAGGCCUUCAUCUUAGACAACUCCAGUAGUUAAAGAGUCAAUCAAUCAUUGGAUUACAUUUGGGGCUCCAAGAAGAACCCCAACACUCCUCCUGUGGCUCAGCUUCCCCCUUGUAAAAGGAGGGAGAGGUGGUCGUAGAAAAUGAAGAUCCUUACUUGGA